UUCCCGUUUCCACUACCUCUUGCCUUUUGCAAAAGUACUUUUCCCGCGCAUUAGCGCAUCAAUACUCAAUAGAUUGGUACAGCAAAAGCAAAACUGAAGUCUUCUCCCCCAAGUUUUCCCUUCGGCACCUUUCCUCUCCCUCCUCCACGAUCCAUCUCCUCCGGAAUUCCUCUCCCUGACCUGCCGCAGCAUGUCCGGCGGAGACGACACUCCCGCUGAUCGCAAGGUAAUCAGUCUGAAGAUUCUGGUAGACAAAGCCAGAAACCGAGUCAUCUUCGCCGAGUCCGACCACGAGUUCGUCGACACACUCCUCUCGUUCUUAACCCUCCCGAUCGGGUCAGCGGUCCGAUUGGUCGGCCCCGACUCGACAUCGAUCGGAUCCCUUACCACAAUGUACAACAGCGUUGCCUCGCUCGAAUCGCGUCACCUGCGCACGGAUUCUUGCAAGGACAUGCUGUUAAACCCUAGAAAUGCAACGGAGACUCAGUGCAGCGAAUUGAAGAUCAACGUGGACCCUCUAGAGCCUGUAAAGUUGUACGGGUGCAAAUCGUGUGUUUAUUCGGGUCCACUGAAGUUCAGCACUAUCAAAGAUAGGCCCUGUGGAUGCACGAGUCCGAUGUCUGCCUGGGUGAUAGUAGAUCAAGCGGAGAAGGGAGCCAAAGGCGAUUGCGAAGGUGGUGGAGUGUUUGUCAACGAUGGAGCCUUUAGGUUUAUGAUAACUGAUGAUUUGCACGUGAUGGCCGGGUCUACUGCUGCUUGCCUUUCGCUUUUUCGGAAGCUUGGGAUUGAUGAUGGGAUUGAGGUUGAGGAGAGGACUCUUGAAUUUGGAGAACAGGAGGUACUCUGUUUGCUAAAGUUUGCAUUGCUCUCAAAUUCCCCCUUGACAGAAGCAAUACUGUAUAGCCAAUGCAGUAGUGAAAAAGAGAUUAUGAACUUCCAGCCGAAGAGUACUCCCCAACGUGACAAAAAAGCUAGAGCUGCUAACACCAAUAAUAUGACCUUGAAGCUCUUCGUAAGCAAAUCUAAGAAAAAAGUUUUGUAUGCUGAAGCUGGAGUGGACGUGGUGGACUUUUUGUUCAGCAUCCUCACUUAUCCUCUUGGGUCUAUUAUAAAGCUUCUUGGUAAGAAUUCUGGCUUUGGGUGUAUGGACAACUUGUUCAAGAGUGCUGAAGAUCUGGGCACUGGAGGGUAUCUGAAAUCUGAAGAGCGCAGGAAAGUGCUAUUGUGUCCAAGGUUAGCUCCAUUUCACAGUGUUGGUAACCAGCUCCUUCAGAUAGAGGAAGCCUCAUAUCCACUGUACGUGUAUGUUUACCGCCGAGAUUUAUGGGUAGUGGCUGAUGAUAUAAACCGAUUUGCAGAAAGCCACUCUUCAGCUGUCGUUAUGGAUCCCAAAUCUCCAACUGGAGAAGUCGAUGCUGGGAAAGGAUACAUGAAGGGGCCUGGAACAUUCAUGAUACUAGAUGAUUUGUCUGUGGUGCCACUUUCACCUGUCACAAGUGUAGCACUUCUUAACCAAAUGAAUGUUCCUAUCAAUGAUGUUGUGGAGCGCAUGGUAACCAUUGGCCACGACGAGGUAAGCUUUAUGGUUAUGGAAGUGAUUUUUGCUUUGUCAAAAGUACACAAGGGGGUUGUACAGGUGCCCGAAAAACUGUUCCUCAGGACGCAUUUUGGUGUGCUAUGAAAUUGAAAGGCUCUCUGUGUUCGAAUUAGCAGUAAAAUAAAAAAAUAAAAUACUUGGAAGUUGGAAGGGUAUAUUGAGCCAUCGCUGAUUCGCCAUUAGUGAUGGUAUAAGCUCAGCAUAGUUUUUCUACAGAAGGUUUUGUCUCAAUUCUCAACCCUAUAUGCUUGUGAUGAUGCAACAUAUAUAUGUGUGUAGUAACACUCUUAUCCACAAAGAACUUAAGUAUUCCUCCCAUCUUCUAUAAAGAUAUAGCAAAACGUGGAUGGAAGUUUUUGGUUGAGAUCA